CGAAGCCUGAAGAGGUUGUGGAGUCGGGUGCAGGUAUAAUAAGGGCUUCAAACUUUCAAAUCAUAAGAACACUCGGAGACAUGGACAAGACUCGGAAUUGAUCCAUCUGGUAUCGGCCAGAACGGUGGAGAAGAGGGGAAGGAAAUGAAGGCACAACACCCACCCAACAAGGACUGGAUACUACAGUUCGCAGAAGACUUUAAGAAGAAAGCACAGCUGGGGGAUGGAUAUCAAGUUGUUACUCCCAAAGUACUUGUUGACGUUGACAAUCUUCGUUUGGAUGGGAAUAACUACGGUAUUUGGAGAUAUAAUAUGAAUGAACAUGUCCUAGAUAAUCUUAGAGGUGUGCUCUAUGGGCCACGCCCAAGUUUUGUGGUAGAAACAGAAGCAAGUGUUGAAGAAAUUGCUCGAUCAAUGGCUGCCGAACAGAAAUGGAAUGAGGAUGACGCCCUGUGUUUUCAUACAAUCUUGAACCAUCUAUCUGAUGAUCUUUUUCUUCAUUACUCAAAGAGGAGGAAGGAAACAAGUGCCAAGCAACUGUGGGAUGAGCUGAAAUUGAGGUUUGGAGGACACGAAUCUCGGGUUCAAAAGUACAUGGAAUUUCAUUUGCUCGAGGAGGAGGAACCAAUGUGGGAGCAAGCUGAAGAAAUGGAUUCAAUGUUCUUAGGUCUGGUUGAGUGUGACAAAAUGGCGAUAGAUGAGGAAUUUAAUGUGAAUGCAAUCAUCUCCAAGCUCCCCCCAUCUUGGGAGGAUGUGCUCAUCGAGUUGAUGCGCGAGGAGCAUCUGCCUGUUACAAAGCUGAUUCAUCGCUUGAAAGUUGAACAACAAUCACGCAUCAAUUAGUUAAUCACAAGAAAAGGAAGGUAGUAGUAAGCUUGGUUUUUUAUUACAUGUUUUGAGUUUUAAUGGUACCUUCCAUGCUUUGUUUUUCUUUUUAAAU